AUGUCUCUCGAGGCCCUGGUCCUGGUUUCACCUAUACUGGUGAAGAUUGGGAAUCCACUCACUUACGAAGAGUCGAUCAAUGCUGAACCUGUGAUAGCUUAUAGAGGAUCAAAGAAGUUUGCUGAGCUUGAAGCGUGGGACUUUUUGAAGAGAGAACAACCCACUUUUGACUUGGUAACCUUCUGUCCACCAAUGACUUUUGGACCUGUUGUUCAUCCUGUCGCAUUUGUCGAGGACUUGAAUUUGUCCAACGCUAACAUUUGGGACAUUUACCAAGGAGUAUCGCCCUUGCCUGUAUCUAGAGUUCCGGUCUGGGUUGAUGUCAGAGACUUGGCAUUGGCUCACGUUCGCGGUUUAAUAGUGGAUACUGCUGGAAACAAGAGAUAUGUGCCUUCCGCGCCAGAAAAGUUCUCAUAUGAAUUGGCUGCGAAAAUCAUGAAAAACCAUGGAUUUGGCGCUAAGAUCAGUGUUGACAUCCCUGAAGAAUGCAGUGCCCCAGAAGGCUACGAUUUGGACUAUGCUUCCGUCGAGACAGAUUUGGGGAUCAAUUUUCACAGUUUUGAAGAGUGUAUAGUGGACUCCAUUACUCAGUUUGCAUCGCUUCCAAUUAGGACCGAUUAA